AUGAAUUCCAAAUAUCAAUCGAGGAAUGGCAAUAGAUACAGGAAGAGGCCUGUCCAUCAUCCUUACCACAGUCAAGAUUAUCAUCAACAAGAACAGCAGCAACAAGACUCUGGCAGAUUCCGCGGUAGCAACGAAAUGGACUGCGCUAUCCUGAUCAGCAAUCUGAUGAGGAACGUCAGCAAGUCCGAUUUCCAGGAUCUCUUCUACAACGUGGGUCACAUCGUCCACGCGGACGUGCAUACAGAUGAAAGUAAAAGGAUGGUCGGAACGGCCGUCGUUGUCUUCGAAAGUAGAUCCGCAGCUGUCCAAGCCUCGAAAGAGUUCGACGGGUACAAGUUAGGUGAGCAUCCGAUGAAAAUUAAGCUGAUGAACAGCAGAUCCCCGAAGGACAUGACCAGAAGAGCACCAAGACCUCAACAUCAACACGCUUCGUACAACAGGAAACCCAGAAACAAUAAACACGAGAAACAAUCCACAAAAACCGCUGAAGAAUUGGACGCUGAAUUGGAUGAGUACAACAAGAAGAGAGAUGAAUCGAAGUAA